AUGUCACCCAAAGAAGGUUUUAAGAGGAGGAAAGUGAAACCCAAUCUUAAGCCAGUCGAAACAACUGGGAGAUUGGACAAGACACAAGAAGAUGAAGGACGCAGUGGAGUUGCGGGGGACGAAGAGCCUGUUAGCCCAUCAGCUCAGAUGUUCCAUGAACCAAACUUCAAUGUGUACGUAAUAGCCAUCAUGGGCUGCAAGACUCCAGUCGACCUUCCUGUCAUCAAGUCUAACCUCGUCCACACUUUGCUCAAACAUCCCCGCUUCUCCAGUUUGCAGGUUGAGGAUGAAAAGGAAAGGGGAAAGUUAAGAUGGAUUCCAACAAAUGUGGACUUGGAAAAGCACAUUAUCAUUCCAGAGAUUGAACUGGGAAUGGACUCACCUGACCAGUUUGUCAAGGAUUAUGUCUCCAAUCUCAGCAAAACCACCAUAAGCAAGACACAGCCUCUGUGGGACAUCCACAUCCUCAAUGUUAAAACCUCCGAUGCUGAGGCGGUCGGAGUUUUCAGGAUCCACCACUCACUCGGAGAUGGGACUUCUCUCAUGUCUUUAUUGCUUGCUUGUACUCGUCAAAUCUCUGAUCCUGAGGCUUUGCCUACGAUCCCAGUGAAGAAGAGUAAGGAAAAGAAAGACUGGAGAGAUUAUGGCAGGAUUUGGGGGUGGUUGUUCGGUGUAUCCUGGUUCUUGGUGCUGAUGUUGAAUACUGCGCGGUUUGUGUACAGGACUGUGAGUUUAGAGGAUAUUAAGAUGGUGAAGAAUGCUAUGAAUGCCACGGUGAAUGAUGUCGCAUUGGGGGUUACUCAGGCAGGUUUAUCCCGGUAUCUCAACUGGAGAUAUGCUGAAACCAAGAAGAGUCAUCGAGCAACUGAGAUUGGAAAUAACCUUCCAAAGAAGAUUCGCCUGAAGUCGACUCUGCUCAUUAAUUUGAGGCCAUCCGUAGGAAUCCAGGCUUUAGCUGCUAUGAUGGAGAAGGACACCGAAGUUAAGUGGGGAAAUCGGAUUGGCUAUGUCCUUGUCCCCAUCACCAUUGCAUUGCAUAGCAAUCCUUUGGAUUAUGUCCGUGAAGCUAAGGCUACCAUCGAUAGGAAGAAGCACUCUCUUGAAGCUAUAUUUACUUACUCCAUUGCCAAGGUGGUUCUCAAGAUUUUCGGCAUUAAGGCAGCGAGCGCUCUCUCUCACAGAGUUAUUACUCAUACGACAAUGUGCUUCUCAAAUCUAGUCGGACCUCUGGACGAGAUAGGCUUCUGUGGACAUCCAUUGGCUUACAUAGCGCCGGGUUGUUACGGCCAACCGCACGGCUUGAUGGUAAACUUCCAAAGUUAUGUGAACAAGAUGACUUUUGUAUUAUCGGUCGAUGAAGGCACUAUACCCGAUCCUCAUCGGCUAUGCGAUGACAUUGUCAAAGCGCUCGAGCUCACUAAGGAUGCUGUCUUGGAAAGGGAGCAAGCCAGAGGAGCAACAUCAUCGUAGUCACGAACAUCGUCUGCAACAAGAUUUCCAAAUUAUCUGAGUCAGAGCCCCCGACACCGACAUUGCCUGUAAGCAAUGUGUAAUAACUGACAACAAGGGACUAGUUCUUAUCUUAUCUGGCCUCAGUGGUGGUGCUCUUAUCCUUUCAGCAACAGGCUAGGCAUUAGAACGGGAACAUCAGUGAUGAGCUGGAGAAGAAAUUCCAAACUUAGCAUGCUUUUGGUUUCUUGAUUAUCAAUUAGUUUGUUGCUCUCAACUGUGAUUGAGUAAUGCCAAAUAUAGAGGAGUCUGUUUCCCUCCAAUGCGGCCACGGUUUUAACUAACGUAUUUUGCUGGAUACGUGUUGCCGUUAAUACCAACCAAGUGAACCCAGAAUAAUAACAAGAACAAUGCAUUUGCUAUUUUGCCUCCCAAAAGACAAGACCAACCCCUCAUAAAACAGAGAAAAAUUCCAAGAAAAACGAGGUAGGAUCGAAAUCCUUAGCAGCGUCGAAUUUUUUCCGAGGACUAAGAAACGAAUUCAGUGGUCUCAAUCUUGAUUUCAUCAUCGGUAACUGCAAAUGUACUUUCUCUUUCCUGGGAAAAAAAUUUGAAGGUU